GGAAUUAAUGAAAGCUUAUUAUUUUGGUUGUGAAAUGUUAGAGUACAAAUGAGCAGCUUAUUUCACGUUUGAUAAUCAUAACAAUUUAUGUUAAUAUCAACACUUGUUAUUUAUACUGAAUUCACAAUGCACUGGAAAUAAAACUAUCUGACGAUAUGGCAGACAAAUUAACGGAACAAGAAAUUGCAGAAUUUAAAGAAGCGUUCCAUUUGUUUGAUAAAGAUGGAAGUGGGACCAUAUCAACAAAAGAGUUGGGAAUUGCGAUGAAUUCUCUAGGAAAGACAACAACCGAGGCCGAGUUACAACAAAUUAUUGCACAAGUUGACGUCGAUGGUAACGGAGAAAUUGACUUUGACGAGUAUCUAACGAUGAUGGCAAAUAUGAUGUCAUAUAAAGGGUCAGCUGACCAGAUUAGAGAGGCGUUUAAGGUUUUUGAUAAAGAGCAGAAAGGGUACCUGACAUGUGAUGAAUUACGUCAUAUCAUGACAAAUCUUGGCGAGCGUCUAGAAGACGAGGAGGUUGAUGAAAUGUUGUCAAUUGUUGAUGCUGAUGGUAAUGGACUGAUAGAUUAUGAAGAGUUUACACAGAUGCUUGCUCAAAAAUGAAACUUCUCCGGACACGAGGAACAUAAUAUCUUCUUGAUUUAUGCUGCUGUAUAAAUUAUAUAUUGAUGCCAUAUGUGGAAACGUUCAAGAAAAGAGGAAAUAAAUGUUGUUAUUCCUUAUAGAGCUAAAGGACUGCUUUGAUACAAAUCAUUUUUCUAAAAUAAGUACAUUUAAAUGACUGGUUAAACUGUGCAUCUAUAUAUUAAGAAUGGUCGGAAUCUCUGACACUAGAAAAUGUAUUUGCAAUAUAUUUCAUUCAAGUCUUCCUUAUUUGUGUUUUCAUUGUGUAUCAUUCUCAAUUUAUUCAUUCAUCUUUUAUAAGAAUUUGCUCUGCAGGCAGAAAGUGUUACGUAUAACUUGAAUGUCGAAGUUUGAUAUUAUAUUCAGUAAGCUAAUUUUUUAAAUAAAAAUUGUGUCAUAGUAUAAUAACACUGUUAACGUUAAAUGUGUAUGUAUUAUGUUUAUGUGGAUAUAUAAGUAUGUAUAUCAUCAUUUUACAACUGAAGCAUUCAUGUAGUGUAUAUAUUUAUAUCAUUAUUGAAAGAAAAUUCACCAAUAAGCAUAUCGAAUACAAUAUACACUGUAUAUUUUCAUGAAAACAUUUAAGUAUCUUAUUAUAUAAGAUAAUUACCCCAUAAAACGUCUUUGAUAUGUACAUUCUAAGAAUUAACAUGCUGUCGGCGAGAUAUCUUUUUUUAAAUGAUGUAGAAAGGUUUUAAUAUUUUACACUACGAUGAUGAAAAUGAUUAUUAGAGUAUAAAACAAUGUAGUAACUUAUUAUGUAGAAUAAUAGCUAGCUAUUACUUUAUCUAAAUACCGAGCAUAAUGUGACGUUGAACACAAAUGUCAACGGCGUAUGUAUUGUUCAUAUGAAGUUUACUUACAAAGAAUGUCUUACAUAUAACAUGAGUUGUUUUUACAUUACUGAAAUGUUACGACUGAAUGACACUAGUCAAACAUCUUUUAACCAGUACAUAAAUAUCAAUUUCCUGCAAAUUAUUGAUAUAUUCAUUAGUAUAAAUAGUGUUAAUCAAAUUUCGGUUGCUGUUGGAUAAAUGCUAUGCCAAUGUUACUUAUUUAUACACAUGAUAUGAAUUAUAUUCUAAAUUACUUCUAUGAAAUAUUUUGGAGUAUUUACCUUUUACCCGAUGAAUUAAAUGACGUCCAUGGCUGCAUUAUAACCUUUCAUAUUAAAAUCAUGAUAUUACAACAGAAAAAUCAUCAAAUCCUAUUUAAUAUGUUCUAUAUUUCUAUGAUUUAUUCACCACUUAAUGAUGCUUUACUUAUGUUAAGUUUGUAUGAUAUAUUGAUAUUUCUUUUUGUUUGUAAUCAAUAUUUUGUAUACUGAUUUGUGUAUUACUUGGCAAGUUUGGUUCCUUGUUCAUGAAUAAACUGUAUGUCAUA